UCUGCCUCUUCUUCGCCAAUGCUAUGGACUCGCCGCCGAUGCUGCACCCGGUGAAGCUCUACGUUUACGACCUAUCCAAGGGCAUGGCUCGGCGCCUCAGUCCUAUCAUGCUCGGUAAGCAGCUAGAUGGCAUCUGGCACACAUCCAUAGUUGUCCAUAGGGAUGAGUUCUUCUAUGGCAGUGGUGGGAUCUCCAGUUGUCCUCCUGGUGGAACACUGCUUGGACCCCCAGACUCUAUAGUAGACUUGGGAAGCACAGAAGUUUCAGAAGACCUCUUCCUAGAAUACUUGUCUUCUUUGGGGGAGUCUAUAUUCCGUGGAGAUUCUUAUAAUCUUUUUGACCAUAACUGCAAUACAUUCAGCAAUGAAGUGGCCCAGUUCCUGACAGGAAGAAAAAUCCCUUCCUACAUCACUGACCUUCCAUCUGAAGUUCUUGCAACACCCUUUGGACAAGCUCUGAGGCCUCUACUCGACUCCAUCCAGAUCCAGCCACCAGGAGGAAAUAAUUUCAGCAGACACAAUGGACAGAGUUAGCAGGCCUGGUGAAGAAUGCCUCUGUUCACUCGGGCAUUUCCUUUUUCAACUCAAGUUUACCAGAUUCUUAUCCUUUAAUUUCAUGCCAGCAUCCACAACAAGAUGGCAUUUCAGACUUCCUAGGGAAAGUAUUUACUGGAUUGCACGCUACCAGAAGAGGGGGGAAAUACCUUGUUAUAAAUUCAAAUAAUGUAUUUACUUACUAAAUUUGUUUUGUAUUAGUUCAUUUCAGAUAUUUUAAAAUAACCCUUUGCUGAAAAAAUGGAAAUUGGAAAGCCUUUUACACAAGUUAGAGUAAUACAGAGGGCAUUGUGGAUACUCAUUUUAGCCACUUCUUUCUGAAUUUGCUUCUCUCUGUUAUCCCCUUUACAGUGUAUUUCUGGCAAAUCUCAUCCCAAAGGCAUGAGUCUUGCAACACUGAAGUUCUAAAUACUAACUCAAUAUUAAACUUGAAUAUUAUUUUUAGGAGGAAAAAAACUACGUGUUUUUACUGUAAAAUAAUGUUGAGACUUAAAUAGCAUUCAGUUUCUCUGGGGCAAUAAUCUUUAUGAAAAGCUAUGAAAUUGAUGUCUAAUUCUAGAUAAGGAACAGAAAAAGGACCACCAGCUGUCUUGCAAUAUCUAAACCAGUCCAGAGACAAGAGUAUGGACUCUCCAGGGUUGGAUGGAAUAACCUCUACAAAUUAUUUAUGGCCAUUAAGUGAGGAACACUUUAAAAUGACUUAGAAUAGAGCUCUCACCCUUAGCAAUCUCCUAAUGUUAUUUAAAAAGCAUCUGCAUCAGUGUGUCCUUUAUCCAACAUAAAUUUGAGAUGGAGAAUAUGCCAUUAAUAGUGUGACAAUAGCCAUUCCAAGUAUAUGCCCCAAAUUAAUAGACUGGUCAUGUCUUUUUGUUAAUAAAAAUUAGUACAAUAUCUGAAUUUUAUCCAUCUACCCACUCAUGCCACACAAUAUAGCUCCAGUUUGAAUAAGGGGCACAGCUGUGUUCAUCUAAAGACAUUUUUGAAUCAUGCUCAAAAUCACAUGCAAUCCAAUGUCACAUCUUUCUGCAAAAAGUAUCUUCCUCAGAACAUUUGUGGUAUUUAUUCAAGGACAGGAAUAAAAGGAUAAUAUGCUACUCAUGUCAUGUGGUGGCGCUGUGAGUUAAACCACAGAAGCCUCUGUGUUGCAAGGUCAGAAGACCAAGCAGUCGUAAGAUC